AUAAAUCUCCAGCCCAUCUCUUGGGGAGAUUCAUCAGUCAAUCCUAAUUCAAACUCAUCUCUGCGUUCCCACACCCCACCCAUCUGAUAUUUGAAUGGAAAUCACGCCUUUCCCAUUUCCUAGUCACCCGCAGGACGACCCGGAACAAGUAGAAGAUCCCUCCAAGUUCUAUGCCCUGUUCGACGACAACAGCGAUCACUUCUACGAGCUCGCUAACCCGUUUAAGCGGUUGUGCGAGGUCCACGGGGAAGCCGUCAUGCCGCUCAAGGAGGACAGCGAUUGGGUUAUGGACUCCAGCUUUUUCCUGGACGAGGAACAGAGUUACGGACAGGGACCGGCCGGGGAAGAUGAGCUUGAGGUUGUGAGUGCUCCCGCAAGGACCAAUAAGCGGGCCCGCCCCUCUUCCUCGUUGCCAGUCUCGCCUGGGGCAGAGGCGUCGGGGAGUGGCCACCAGCAGCAGCAGCAGCAGCAAAGGAGGCUGUGGGUUAAGGACCGGUCCAAGGACUGGUGGGAGAGGUGCAACCACCCGGAUUUUCCGGAGGAAGAGUUCCGGCGCUGCUUCCGGAUGAGCCGGGCGACAUUCGACCUCAUCUGCCAGGAGCUCGACCCUGUUGUCACCAAGAAGAACACGACUCUCCGGGACGCCAUCCCUGUACGUCAGCGAGUUGCUGUGUGUGUUUGGCGGCUUGCGACUGGGGAGCCCUUGAGGUUGGUCUCGAAGCGGUUCGGGCUCGGGAUAUCCACCUGCCACAAGCUGGUCCUAGAGGUCUGCUUGGCGAUAAAGAAUGUCUUGAUGCCCAAGUUUCUCAACUGGCCCGAAGGUGAGAGGAUGAAGGCCAUUAAGGACGAGUUGGAGAUGAAGUGGGGGAUUCCAAAUGUAGGUGGAGCCAUGUACACGACCCACGUGCCAAUCAUCGCACCGAAGGAGAACUCGGCAGCUUAUUUGAACAGGCGGCAUACUGAGAGGAACGGGAAGACGUGUUAUUCAGUCACCGUCCAAGGCGUGGUCGACCCAAAAGGAGUGUUCACGGAUGUCUGCAUUGGUUGGCCUGGUUCGAUGCCGGAUGAUUUGGUCCUGGAGAAUUCGGCUCUCUACAAGCGGGCUUCCCAAGGCCUUCUGAGGGACGUCUGGGUCGUCGGGAAUUCCGGGUACCCUUUAAUGGACUGGGUCCUCGUCCCGUACACCUACCCGAACUUGACGUGGGGCCAGCAUGCAUUCAACGAGAAGGUCGGGGAGAUUGGGGCCGUGGCGAAGGAGGCCUUUGCCAGGCUGAAGGGAAGGUGGUCCUGCCUGCAGAAGAGGACGGAGAUCAAACUACAGGACCUGCCGGUUGUUCUAGGAGCAUGCUGUGUAUUGCACAACGUCUGCGAGAUGAGAAACGAGGGGAUAGACCCUGAGCUGAGGUUCGAGCUUUUCGAUGAUGAGAUGAUCCCUGAUAGCAACGGUAUUAGAUCGAUGAGCGCCGCCCAGGCCCGGGAUCACAUCGCCCACAAUCUACUGCACCAUGGCCUUCCAGGAACCUUUCCUUAGCGUUAGUUAGUGUUAGAGCGAACCGACAUACUUUUUUUUUUUACCCCCCUCUUUGAUUUGAUAUUUUCUUGUCAUUCUUUUUGGCUGCUGUUAGUCAUUAAAUACGAUAAAGUCAACACAGUUGUUCCCGAGUUCC